CCAAUUCUAACUGUGUGCAUUGUGUCUGCUUUGUGCACUUAUGGCUAGUUAAUUCUACAUGCACCUUGUUGUCUUAUUUAGUAGUAUACUAUAAGUAUAAGUUUAAUUAAGACUGUAAAUGCAGAGUCUAAAAGGAGCAAGAAAGAACUACUGGUACAUAGCUGUUACUUUUUCAGCCACAAUGAAGACCAUUUCUUUUCUCAACUUCCUUUUGUUUGUUCCACUUACCGAUGGAUCCAUAAUCAAUGUAGAGGGGUUCGAGGGGAAAAACGUCUCCUUCCAGUGCAAACACAAAAUUGCAUCGAAAAGCAACAAGUAUUUUUGCAAAGAUCCAUGUAAAGGUGAAGGAGACAUACUGGUUACUGUAGAACCUGGCAGAAGAGCAGAGUCAGGGAGGAUUGCUCUGGUGGACUCUGGGGAUGGAUCCUUCACUGUGACCUUCAGUCAUCUCCAGCUGUCAGACUCACAGAAAUACUGGUGUGCAGUGGACAGGCUUGGUUUUGACACAUUUACUGAAGUGCAGCUUGCAGUAAAGGACGAUCAGUCAGCCAGCCAUUCAGUUCGUCAGUCAGUCAGUCGUCCACCCAGUCAGCCUUUUCAGUUCAUGUUCUGUUCAUCCAACCUACCUACAAUAAACCCCAUUAUCCUGCACCGUGAGUCCAGCGUUUGGGUCAUCUUUUCCUCGCCUCCACACACGACACGCCUGACAAUUACAGCAAGUAUCAUAUCUGAUGUUUCUUCCACAUGGACAUAUCAAAAUACCAACAUAACACAUUUUACAACUGGAACAGGAACCAUGAAGCCUACAAACCUUUCAACAGUCUUAAACUUCACAGCUGAAGAAGAACUUAAAACCAACACAGGCACCAUCAUGUAUACUACUGCUGUGGGUUUUGCUUUGAUCGCUCUCUUGUUACUGGCAGUAUGCAUCAGGAAGUCCAGAAAAACCUCAAAACAUAAAGAUUACUGCAACAGCACAGACUUCAGCAAUGAAAACCAAAGAGAGACUCGCGGCUCUGUGGCACGAGUCCAGAUAAUGUUAGAAGAUGUCAGCUGUGAGUACAGUGACACUGACGAGAGGACAAACCAAUGUAAAAAGUCAUCUCAGAGUUCUUCUGUCUCAACUCACCAACAAAGAUCCCAUUCAGAUCCAGCAUCAUCUGAACCUGCAGCAACCAAAGGCAGUGUACCCUCCAGUAUCUAUGAAACCAUUUAUUUCCCCAGCUUUCCUGCAGAUUCAGAAUGUUCAACUACACAGCACCAAAAUGUCUAUGAUAAUAACUCUGGGAUAUAUGUCAAUACUUUGUCAGCUCUAGUGCCCAAAAGAAAAAAAAAGGUAUUUGUCGAAAAGACAACUAAACCUAAGUCGUGUAAAAAUGUAGAGAGCUGUACCUACAAGGCAUCUCCUUGUGUCUCCUGUGGAUCAACUGCAAAGGAGCCCAAAUCCCUUUGGUUUGGUUUAGAUUUAUCAGAAAUAAACCCAAAUUAAUCUUAAGUUUUCAAUUUGUAUGUUAUCAUAAACAUUCAUGGGCAAGUUGAUUUCUCCAAUUAUGUGCACCAUAAUCUCCAGUUAUGAUUAUUAACCUUUGCAGCUAUCCUCAGUGUCUGCAGGUUUGCCUUCUCAGGCAGAUUAUUGGUCAUAGUUAAAUUGGACUGGUCCUUUCUGGGGAUAGAAAUAAAAUAGAAUAGAUUAGCCCUUUGUUAUCAUUGUACAUGUACAAUGACAUUGUAGUUGCUUCACAGCAACUGUGCCGGAAUAAAUAUAAAUAGUAGACAGGAGGAAUAAAUAGCAAACAGGAGAAAUAUAUACAAUCAAGAGAGAUAUACAUAUAAAAAACAAGCAAAAUAUAUAUAAAAAAUAAGAGAAAGGCACACACCGGAGGACAAAAUAUUUUCAAAGAGCUCGGAGCUAGUGCAUAGAAAAUCAAAAGAUCUGGCGAUGGUCUCCAGGGGUGGCAGAGGGCAGCCAAUGAUUUUUUGGGUGGCGUUAAUUAUGCUCUGCACACCCUUUAUCUUCUCGGCCCCCAGUAGUUUCUUUUGGGAAAAACCCUGAUCCUGGGGGAUCAGAAGUGUCUGGUCUUCAGUUAUUGAACAAAAUGAAGUAAACAAAAUAAACUCUUUCUGUCUUGAAAUGAAAAAAAAUCCAGUCUGAAUUGUCAUUUUAUGUUCGCUGAGACCCAAACAUUAAUACUGUAAGGGACUGUCAUGUGCAGACUCUAUUGUCUACUACCCAGUUAGGACUAAUAGUGCAUAGGGCUUAUCUGAAAUUCGAGAAAUGGCUUGACUCAGUUCUUCAGAGAUUUCCCAUAAUCCGACUGCCUGGCUGGCCUCACCAUUUCAUCCAGAAUCUCAUUUGUGCUGGGCUCGCCAUCAGUGGUUCUCCAGAAUCCUUUCUAGUAAAAAAAACCAAAUUAUGAUUUUAUAACACAAAUAACUCAGAUGUUAGCAUCUUUGUCCUCAGAGUUUGGGCCCAAUAUAUUUUUCGUCUUCCUCCAACACACACUUGACACAAUAGAGGGAAAGAGCUCAAAGACAGAGACAGAAAACACUUCCUGUGGACAAGACCUAAGAUAAGACAGUCUCACAGACCUAAGGUUGUCGUAAUGCAAAACAGUCUCACGGCGCCCCUGUGUGACAAUAAUAAGCAAUAGCUUUAAAUGACGUAAAGGGGUUUAGUAGCCUUGUAUUUCAUAUGCGUUACACAUUAUUUCUUGCAAGUUGUACCCUGUGUAGCAUAUAGUUAUAUUUUUAGGUGCACAUGCUGUUACGUUAUGGCAUAGGAUUUCAGAAGGGGUUCCAAUUACAGUGCAUCUAUGUCUCAGAUUUAAAGAAGCAGAAGAACCCCGUAUAAAACCCAAAGAGGGUGCUAAACACCUUUGGUAUGAUUGAAGCUUUCCACUUUCUCCUGACAGAAUUUGUAAAAUGUAGCCUUAAAACAACCAUUUAAUUUCUGCUUGUCUGUCAGUUCAUGUCGCUAAUUCGACUUACUAGAUCCUAAAGUGACUUUUGUAUCCAGAUUUAUUUGCAUGGAGAUCAAAAAAUAACAGCUCCAGUGUAACAUGCAUGCAACAUGAUACAGGAUGUAACCAGUUGAUCAUUUUGUUAUUGGAUUAUUCAUAAGGAGACAAAAAAAAAAGAAUAUUUGCUGUGGUGGCAUGAAAACAUACUUUCAUUUUAUAAAGUGACUUUGCUUUAAUGUUUUAAUGUUACUGUUUUGUUUUUAUAUGAGAAAUGAUUUUAGUAUAGUGUAGGGCUGCCACAAACGAUUAUUUUGAUAGUCGACUAGUCACCGAUUAUUUUUGCGAUUAGUCGACUAAUCGGAUCAUGCA